UUCUCCAAAUCUCAUCCCAAUCUUUGUAGUUAAAAAAUCAAUCCUAAUUAACCAUGGCGGUCACCACUAAACUCCUUUUAGCUAUACUCCUCUCUGCUUUUCUCUUGUCCGCAACAAAUGCAGUUCGAGAUUAUCAGGGCCAGCAAGGCCGUCAGGAGGGUCAGAGAGGCACUCGUCUCACUGAAGCUCAACAAUGCCGUUUAACAAGGCUCACUGCUAGCCAGCCCACUAACCGAAUUGAGUCAGAGGGCGGCAUCACUGAGCUGUGGGACGAGAACGAGGAGCAAUUCCAGUGCGCUGGAGUUGCUCCCAUGAGGAGUGUUAUCCGCCGCAACUCCCUUUCUCUGCCUAAUUUCCAUCCCAUGCCUCGCUUGGUUUACAUUGAGCGUGGCCAGGGAUUGAUUGGCAUUACUUACCCUGGCUGUGCUGAGACUUUCCAGUCUCAGUCCCAAACCUUCCAGGCUGGCCGAGAGCCAAGGGAAGAGAGGGGCCAAGGCCGCAGAAGUGACCAACACCAGAAGGUCCACCGCAUUCGUCAAGGAGAUGUCGUGGCACUUCCAGCUGGCGCUGCUCAUUGGUGUUAUAAUGAUGGUGAGGAAGAGCUCGUUGCCGUCUCAAUCAACGACCUCAACCACCGGUCCAACCAGCUUGAUCAGAACUUGAGGGCAUUCUACUUGGCUGGUGGAGUACCAGAAAGUGGAAGGCAACAAACUCAAGCAGGCCAAAGACUACAGAGCAGGCAGAGGUUCCAGAACAUUUUCCGUGCUUUCGACACAGAAUUGAUGGCCGAGGCCUUCAACAUCCCAGCCGAAAUUGUAAGGAGGAUGCAAGAAGAGCAGAGCGAACGUGGACUAAUUGUGAAUGUGAGGGAAGGAAUGAGAAUGAUUAGGCCCGACGAAGAAGAAGGAGAAUUCGAACAAGAGCAAGGGCAACCAGGACGAGGACAGCAAUGGUGGGAGGAAGCAACCGGAAAUGGCUUGGAAGAAAACAUUUGCACAAUGAAAAUCCGCACCAACCUUGAACACAGAACACAAGCUGAUAUCUUCUCCAGGCAAGCUGGAAAAAUUAACCAUGUCAAUCGCCAAAAACUUCCCAUCCUUAAAUACAUGGACAUGAGUGCCUCUAGAGGCACCCUCUAUCCGAAUGCAUUGUUGACCCCACAUUGGUCAGUGAACAGCCACUGCGUGGUGUACGUGCAAAGAGGAGAGGCACAAGUGCAAGUAGUAGACCACAGCGGACAACAAGUGAUGAACGACAGAGUGAACCAGGGAGAGAUGUUUGUGGUUCCUCAGUACUUCGCUUCCACAGUGAGAGCAGGACAGAAUGGACUUGAAUUUGUAGUGUGGAGGACAAGCAGUGAACCAAUGAACAGCCAGCUUGCAGGUUACACAUCAGUGAUUAGAGCAAUGCCUGUUGAGGUCCUCACCAAUGCCUACCAGAUUUCUCCAAAUGAAGCACAGCGAUUGAAGAUGAACAGGGGUGGAGAAAGCUUCCUUCUAUCUCCUCAGCGAAGGUCCAUCUAAAAUGAAUAUCAUGUAGCCAUGUCUAGUAGAACUCGUUUCUCGUCUUUGUUUUUAGGCAAAGACAAUAGAGAGCGACUAGUAAUUAGGAGCAAAUAAUAAUGUAACUAAUAAAGCUCCUGCCUUUUUGCUUCUUAA